AGUAGCGUCAGCCCAGCAUCAGCAAUCUCGGUCUACCUCCUGAAGCGAGCCAGCGUCGAACACCUCAAUGGCACGGGCAUGGCCACGCCCCCGGCCACCGUCCGCGCCCUCAUCGCCGCCGCCGCCACCUCCUCGCACCUCCGGCAGCUCCACGCCCACCUCCUCACCUCUGGACGCAUCUGCACCCUUGGCCCCGCCCUCCUCCGCCGCCUCAUUUCGCUUCCAUCCCCGCACCUCCCCCUCCCCCUCGCCCACCGCGUCCUCCUCUCCCUCUCCUCCCCGCCGCUCGACCUCUUCAAUCUCCUCCUGCCCCCGCUCGCCUCCUCAAACGACCCUGCCGCCGCUGCUGGCCUCUUCGUCCGCCUCCGCCGCGGGGGCCUCCGUCCGGACGCUCACACGCUCCCGCACGUCCUCAAGGCCCUCGCGCGCCUCGCCCCGGGCUCACUCCCCCUCGUCGCCUCCACCCACGCGGAGGCCGUCAAGAGCGGCCUCACCUCCGCCGUGGUGUACGUCCCGAACGCCCUCAUGGCUGCGUACUCGGCCUGCUGCCACCUCGCGCGCGCCAUGCAGAUGUUCGACGAAAUGCCGCACCGGACCGUUGUGUCCUGGAACACUGCUCUCACAGCCUGUGCAGACAACGACUGCCACGACCGGUGCGCGGGUCUGUUCGCGGAGAUGGUAGAAGCUGGGUUCAAGCCUGACCAGACGACAUUCGUGGUCAUGCUUUCCGCUGCGGUCGAGCUGGGCAACUUGGCUCUUGGCAAGUGGGCGCACGGGCAGGUCGUCACCCGACGGCUGGACAUGACGCUUCAGCUUGGCACGGCGACAGUGAAUAUGUAUGCCAAGUGUGGCGCGGUGAGUUAUGCGUCUUGCUUGUUCGAGAGGAUGACGGUGCGGAACGUCUGGACAUGGAGCGCGAUGAUCGUGGGGUAUUCACAGAAUGGAAUGGCACGGGAGGCACUGGAGCUGUUUGAAAGGAUGAAGGAUGCGUCGGUUGUGCCAAAUUAUGUGACAUUUCUCGGGCUGCUCUGUGCAUGCAGCCAUGCCGGGCUGGUCGAACAGGGGUGCCAGUUCUUCCAUGAAAUGCAGCAUGUCUAUGGCAUCAAGCCGAUGAUGACACACUACAGCGCCAUGGCUGAUGUCCUGGGGCGCAACGGUCGCCUCCAUGAAGCUUUUGACUUUGUUAUGGACAUGCCAGUCAAGGCAGACCCGGUUGUCUGGAGGACAUUGUUGAGCGCCUGCCAGCUGCACAGCUCCAAGGACUGCAUCGACAUUGCUGACAAGGUGCAGAGGAGGUUGCUGGAACUGGAGCCAAAGAGAAGUGGGAACUAUGUAAUAGUUGCGAACAUCUACUCUGACGUUGGGUCAUGGGACAAGGCGGCCAAGGCGAGGAGGGUGAUGAGGGAAGGGGGGAUGAAUAAGAUGGCGGGAGAGAGCUGCGUCGAGGUCGGAGGGCGGAUUCAGCGGUUCAUCUCCGGGGAUGAUUCUUGUCCUGGAUUUGACAGGGCUUGUAGGAUUCUUCAUGAACUGAACAUCAACAUGAGAAAAUGGGAACCUGUUGACCAAAUUUUGCUUAUUGAUGCUGACCAGUGAGUAUCGUGUACACUGAACAAAGUAGCAAACCAUUUAGGUUGACGGUACCUUUGUUUCUGAAUGUGCUGUGUAGAGGCCGCCAUUCUGUUUUAGUCCAUAACUAGAGAGCCAAGCUUGAAGGCUUGCACUUACGAACACGGGUACACUGCGCCUCCCAGACCUCAUCCAGAUGAAACUACCAUUGGUAUAAGGUGAAGCAUAGUGCUUUUACGAUUCAGAACUUGGAUGCAAGAGCACUAUUUUUAAUCUAUUAAGCUGUUACGUUACAUACUUUCUGAUAUUAUUUUUUGUAAUAAAUCCUCAUCUAAUUGCUAGUUA